CCUACGGGAACGAGAGCGGGGCGGACCCAGCCUGGCCCGCGGAGGCCGCCGCCAUGUUCGCGGGGCUGCAGGAGCUGGGGGUGGCCAACGGGGAGGACCUGAAGGAGACGCUGACCAACUGCACCGAGCCGCUCAAGGCCAUCGAGCAGUUCCAGACAGAAAAUGGAGUCCUCCUGCCCUCUCUCCAGUCUGCUCUGCCAUUCUUGGACCUCCAUGGUACCCCUAGGCUGGAAUUUCAUCAGUCUGUAUUUGAUGAGCUGAGAGAGAAAUUGUUAGAGAGAGUUUCAGCCAUUGCCUCAGAAGGAAAAGUUGAGGAAAGAUACAAAAAGCUGGAGGAUCUGCUGGAGAAAAGCUUUUCCUUGGUCAAGAUGCCAUCUAUACAGCCUGUGGUGAUGUGUGUCAUGAAACACCUGCCCAAGGUCCCUGAAAAGAAACUGAAGUUAGUGAUGGCGGAUAAGGAUUUAUACAAAGCAUGUGCCGUGGAGGUGAAGCGCCAGAUCUGGCAGGAUAACCAAGCUCUGUUUGGCGAUGAGGUGUCCCCAUUGCUGAAACAGUACAUACUGGAGAAAGAAAACACUCUCUUUAGUAGUGAUCUCUCUGUCUUGCACAACUUCUUCAGUCCCUCUCCGAAAAUGAGACGUCAGGGAGAGGUGGUUCAGAAGCUGACACAGAUGAUUGGGAAGAAUGUGAAGCUAUAUGACAUGGUGCUACAGUUCCUAAGAACGUUGUUCCUUCGGACAAGGAAUGUCCAUUACUGCACGCUACGGGCAGAGCUCCUGAUGUCAUUGCAUGACCUGGACAUCAGCGAGAUCUGUACUGUUGACCCCUGUCACAAGUUCACCUGGUGCUUAGAUGCCUGCAUUCGGGAGAAGUUUGUGGAUAACAAGAGAGCUCGAGAGCUGCAAGGGUUCCUGGACGGAGUGAAGAAAGGACAAGAACAAGUAUUGGGGGAUUUAUCAAUGAUCUUGUGUGAUCCCUUUGCCAUUAACACCUUAGCUCUGAGUACCAUACGGCAUCUGCAAGAGCUGGUUGGGCAAGACACCUUACCCAGGGAAAGCCCAGACCUCUUGUUGCUGCUAAGGAUGCUGUCUCUGGGACAGGGGGCCUGGGACAUGAUUGACAGUCAAGUCUUCAGGGAGCCUAAAAUGGAACACGAGUUGAUCACCAAGUUCUUGCCGAUGCUGAUGUCUUUUGUGGUGGAUGACUACACAUUCAACGUAGAUCAGAAACUGCCAUCAGACGAGAAAGGGCCAAUUCCCUACCCCAGCACUAUUCCCGAAGCUUUCACCAAAUUCCUUCAGGAGCACAGAAUAGCCUGUGAGGUUGGGCUCUAUUACAUACUUCACAUAACUAAACAGAGGAACAAGAAUGCUUUUCUCAGGCUCCUGCCAGCACUAGUCGAGACAUUCAGUGACCUGGCCUUCGGUGAUAUUUUCCUGCACCUGCUCACCGGUAACCUCACGUUGCUGGCUGAUGAAUUUGCUCUGGAGGACUUCUGUACCAGUCUCUUUGAUGGCUUCUUCCUCACUGCCUGCUCAAGAAAAGAGAAUGUCCAUAGACACAUGCUAAGAUUGCUACUUCACCUGCAUCACAAAGUGGCACCUGCCAAAUUAGAAUCACUCCAGAAGGCUUUGGAACCUACCAAGCAGAGCGGCGAAGCUGUGAAGGAUCUUUAUAACCAGCUCAGCGAGAAACUGGAGCUUCGCAAACCCAGUCCAGCCCAGGUGGCUGAAACUCCAUCCAUGGAACUGACUUUGCCCACAGUGCCCACCCCAGCCUCGCUCUGAGCCACAUGAGCGGGACUCUGAGAGAAGAGAAACUAACCUUUUGCGUCCUGCAGAGUGGAGGCAUUUCAGUGUACUGCUGAGUGUCUCUGGCUACCGUGGUGGAAACUUACCUAAAGCCACUGAACCUUUUGCAGACGCAGGACAUUGUCAGACACUGAGCACUGUCUCUUGCUGGCUAGAAGGCUCAGUAUGCAGUGUAUUGCGUAGGUUUACUUUGCCUAAGGAUAGCUAGGUGGCUUCUUGUGGAUCUACUCAGCUUCUAUGAUUUAUUUUUUUUCAAAAGACAAGUCUUGUUUUUAAACUUUAUAUCUUCUUGCGUUUUUAGACUUACAGUUUUCUGGGGCAGUAAAAACCCGGUUGUGUAAUCAGGCAGAGGGAGCGAACCCUUGAAGUCUGAGCAGUUUCGCUCUUUGCUCCCCGCUUGCUUCUUUGGGUCUUUAAAGCUGAGAGAUGGUUCUCAACAAAAGGGAACAAGGCUGCAGAUUUUAUACUUUGUUCAAAACUGGUGCUUCCCUGUGACCUCAUGGAGACAAGGGCUGUGCAUACCUGUUGGCCAAUCCCCGUGGGAGCAGCACAGCUGGGGCGGGGCCUAGUUCCAGCUCCCUCUUUGGGUUUGUGGAUCACUCUCAGACAUAGGGGGUGACAUAGUUGUGGUGCACCUGGCAAGUUAGGCACCUGCUUCUGAUGUCAGGGGUUGGCUGUUCACCAACCUGAUCCCCAGCUUAUUCCACGGCAGCUGGUAAUUGGCAGCUGUCCCGGACCUUGGACAGCAGCCCAGGUAGGAAGGGGAGGAGAGGGUUGGAAAAGUUCAGGAGUUUCAGUUUAAAUUCUUUUUGUGAACCCAGAACCCAGAGUCACAGACAGGCUGCACCUCCCAUCACUCUCACAUCUCCCUAGCUCAGGCUGGUUGGCUCUCUUUGCACUGAAGAGCCUGCACGAGGUGUCAUGGAGUGUAGGGAAGUCAGGGCCCUGCACCCCUCUUCCUGAGAUUCACUGUGACUCUCAGCCAGCCAGUAAAACAGAAGGUUUAUUGGACAGUAGGAACGCAGUCUACAGCAGAGCUUGUAGGCACAACCAGGA